AUGUCGCCCACCCCUAUCGCCGCGUUCGCUGCCCAGGUGGCAGCGACUCCGAUCUACCCGCAUCCGGUCGUCAAGCGCGCCGCCGACGCCGCCGUCUCCAAGGCGCACUCGACCCUGCGGCAGCAGGCCGCCAACCGCGACUUUGCGUCGGCGUACCAGUACAUCAUCGUCGCCUGCGUCGCCCUCCUCGCCAUCCGCAACGUCUUUCGCGUCGUCGCGCGGCACAACCGGGCGUGGCGCCUCGCGCUGCAGAAGCUCGACGCGCUUCAGAUGGAGCGCCUCGGCGAGCAGAAGGAGGGCUACGCCGCGCUCGGGCACCGCGCGACGUGGAGCGCCAAGGUCGGCGCCGCCAUCUUCUACCCGUUGCGCUCCCGGUGGGCCCUCGGGCUUGAGAACCCGCUCCAGGUCUUCCUCGUCGUCGCGUCGUUCGCCAUCAACGUCGGUUUCGUCCUUGGCGUUACGAUGGAGUACGACGGUCCGCAAGAGAGCGUCUGGAACACGAUUCACGUCGUCGCCUUGCGCUGCGGCUGGAUGUCGAUGGCGCAGCUCCCCGCCGUCAUCGCCCUCACCGGUAGGAACAGCCUGGUGCAGUUCCUGACGGGCAUCGAGUACCAGCACCUGCGGUUCGCGCACAAGCUCACGGCCGCCUGGAUGGCCCUCCUCGGCGUCGUCCACACGCUCGACGCGACGUUCGCCAACUUCAAGUACUUUGGCGGCGCCGGCGUCAACUCGCUGUACCUCCACAACUACCUCGGCCAGACCGGCAUCGCCAUGAUCGUCGGCCUGUUCCUCCUGUGCUUCUUCUCGUGGCGCCCGAUCCGCAUGCGGUGGUACGAGGUCUUCCUCGUCGCGCACGUCGUCGGCGUCAUCAUGGUUCUCGUCGGCAUCAUCUACCACGUCCCCUCGCUCCAGGUCUGGCUCUACGUCCCCCUCGGGUUCUGGAUCUUCGAGCGCGUCGCCCGGGCCCUUCAACUCGUCUCGAUCGGCCUGCUGUGCAGGCUGCAGUUCCGGGCGCCGCUCGUCAAGGCUCGCGCCACCCUGAUCGAGGGCGCCAUCGUCCUCCACGUCCCGUUCAAGGGCGAGUGGCACGCCGGCCAGCACGCGUACCUCUCGUUCUGGGACCCCUCGCUCCUGUCGACGCCGUGGAUCUACUUCCAGUCGCACCCGUUCUCGAUCUCGAACGUUCCCUCGUGCUCGACCGCCGACGACAAGGGCCGGCGCGACAUGCUGUUCGUCAUGCGCACGCGCGACGGCAUGACCAAGGACCUCGCGCGACGACUCGCCCGGAGCGAGACGGGCGCGGCCGACAUCUGGAUGACGGUCGAGGGCCCGUACGGCGGCUGCACCGACACGGAGCAGUUCCACGAGAUCUUGCUCGUCGCUGGCGGGUCGGGCAUCUCGCACAUCAUGAGCAUGCUCGCCGACAUCCUGCACAAGGCCCGCAACUCGUACUCGCGCGCGACCCGGGUCCGCGUCGUGUGGACGGUCCAGUCGGUCGAACAGUCGGUGUGGACGCUCAAGGAGCUGCUGCACUCGGCCAAGACGGCGUACGAGGCCGGCGUCCAGCUCGAGAUCGAGCUGUACGUGACGCGCGGCAUGGCGGCUCCCUCGCCCGAGACGGUCGACCUCAUGACCAAGGAGCUGCCGGCGCCGCCGACGCUGCAGCAGCGCCGCGCGAGCUACGCGAGCAUCAACUCGUACGCCGAGAGCCCGAUCGCCGACGCGUUGACCAUCCUCCCGGGCCGACCGCACAUCGACGUGAUCGUGCCGAGGUGGAUCGCCAAUGCGCAGGGCAAGUCGCUCGUUGUCGCAUGCGGGCCGACGCCCAUGGCACAAGCCGUUCGCCUCGAGACGACCAAGUACAUCUCGGUGUACCCCGUCUCGCUCGAGAUCGCGCUGUUCGAGUGCUAGCCAGCGUCUCUCCCUCUCAUUUGUGAUUAGCUCCCUUCCUCUCGUCCUCCUGCCGCAUCGACCCUCGCAUCCCUUAGACGCACCUGUAGCCGCUCUCGAGCCUCUCCUGUAGCAUAGCGUGGCUUUCCU